AUUUUUGUUCCAAUGCAGGCGUGGAUGAGCAUGGAGAACCGUGUCAUAGCAGCAUGUACAAAAAUAUGUGGAGCAACAUCUUUAAAGAGACUAUGGAAUAUCCGGAUUAUACUUUCGAAAAGCAUUUUGGGAAAUCCACACCUUCAUUCCCGCCACGCCCCGUCAUCAGAGACUAUCUGGAAGGUCGCUGGACAAAAGGCUCAAACACAGAUCUAAAACAAUAUAUUGAGUUCAACACAGCUGUACGAUUCGUGAAGUUCUGUGAUGACAAAAAUGAAUUUACUGUUACAGUAAACAAUCUAAAUACAGGUGAUACGAGAGAAGAGAUAUUUUCUCAUGUUAUUGUUGCCAGCGGAAUAUUCAGUACGCCUAAUAUACCGGAAGUGAACGGCAUUGAGAAUUUCCAGGGCCGCAUACUUCAUUCACAUGAUUUUCGUGAUGCACGAGAAUUUGCCGGUCAAAAAGUUUUGCUCAUCGGUGCUGGGUUUUCUGGGGAAGAUAUAGCCCUUCAGUUGCUUAAGUAUGGAGGAGAACGAGUUUUGUUAUCGUACAAGAAUAUUCCAAAGAGCUAUACGUGUAAACUGCCAGAUGGUAUAGAAGAGCGCCCAAUGAUGGAACGGUUCGACUCCCAAAGAGCUUAUUUCAUAGACCAGUCGUGUGCAGAUAUUGAUGCAGUCAUACUUACAACAGGCUAUAAAAAUUAUUUUCCGUUUCUUGAAGGAAGGUUUCGGAUAUGUGAAGAAACGCAUCUUUACCCAGAAGGGCUUUAUAAAGCUGCACUGUAUUUCCAAGCGGGAAAUAACAGACUGUUCUACGUAGGGGUACAGGAGCCACUAGUAACAUUUCACAAAAUCGAAGUUAUUGCCAACUGGACGGUCAAGUUUAUCAUGGGUCAGCUCAAAGACGAGCCAAAAUCUCAAGCGGAAAUGGAAGCAGAUGCCGAUUGCUGGCGCAAAAAAGUCAAUGCAAUCACUUGCUUAUCUGACGUUGCUCAUGUAGAGAUGGAUCUCAUUGAACAUCUCACAGAACUUGGAGGGUACAACAAAGAAAUCCUAAAAAUAAGACUAAUGAUUUUGCAAUUGUUCAGAGAUAGAAAAGAAACUCUUGGACUAGCCAAAUACAGGGACGCUUCUUACAGAAAUAUUCACAGUGAUGAAAUGGCUCCGAAACAAACGCCAUUCAUGAAAAACUUUGACGAGAGUAUUGAUGGGUACGUUAACUGUAAACUUAAGAUAUAAAGGUGACUCGUUCAAACCUUUUAGGUGAAUUAUUUUCUAUCACAAUUCUAUAAAAUAUUGGUACCGUGAAACUGAACAAUGAUACAAACUUACUGGCACAUGAUUUUACAAAACAUCCUAAC